UCAUUGGCAGCAACUUGACAUGCUGGAAGAUAUGAUGUGGAGUUGUCCUGAAGAUAGCAAGCGGUACAAGCAGAUUCAAGAUCGAGAACGCAUCUAUAAAUUUCUGUUAGGCUUGAAUCAAGAGCUUGACGAGGUACGUGGACGAGUUUUGAGCAUAAAGCCCCUACCUAAUGUACGAGAAGUUUUUGCGGAGGUCAGGAGAGAAGAGACUCGGCGAAAGGUGAUGCUUGGUUGUUCAAAAAACCAAACCAAUCCAGAAAAUUCUGCCUUAAUAGCCCGAGGAUCUCAACCAUCCUACAGUCGAGGCACUCAAUCAAACAACAACAACCAGCGAAAGGGUGGUCGUCCGUGGUGUGAUCAUUGCAAACGGACAGGUCACACAAAAGACACAUGCUGGAAACUUCAUGGUCGGCCAGAUGAUUGGAAGCCAUCAGCCUCACGUCCUACUCAAGACCGGGAGAGCAGAAGCAACAUAGUCCAAACCGAAACAAACGCUUCGGUAGAUUUGAGUCCCUUCAACAAAGAGCAACUGGAGAUGCUGAAAAAGCUGCUACAGGAAUCAGUUCAGAAGGCAACCCGUUCAGAAGGGGUUAGUACAGCAACAAUAGCUCAACGAGGUUUUGAACUCGGGGAUGACGAUUGGCAGUGCUGAGAUGGAUGCGGGCCUCUACCUUCUGCGAGUUAAUGCCUCAGAAUGGAAAAACAAGAAGAUGUCAUGUGUAGCAUCUCGUGCUAAGGAAGAGAGUGAAGUAAGAUUGUGGCACUAUAGGUUAGGUCAUCCAAAUUUCUCGUACUUAAAAAGGUUGCUAC